GACAUGUAAACAACAGUUGAAUGGCAAACAACGCGCAGACGCGCGGAUAAAGCUGCUACUGGCGGAUACUGCGGAUAAAACUGUGCCGGAUAACACGAACGCUGGGAACAGUAGAAGCAGCAGCAGCAGCAGCGGCAGCAGAAGCAGCAGUAAAAGCAGCAAAGGCAAAGGCAGCAGCAGCAGCUGAAGCAGCAGCAGCAAAGCAGCAUUCGCAGGCAGAAAACGUCGCGACGCGCAUAGAGGAAACUUUUUCAAAUAUAACCAAAGAAAUUUGUUUGUUUUGAUUCAGUCGUUGCGGGUUUUUUUUAAGGCGAGCAGUCACAGUCAGAAGCGAGCCAAAAAACAGUCGAAACCAAAACUAAAAUCGAGUCGAAAAUUGUGUUGAGUUUAAAUAAAUAAACUGAAAUAAAUAUAAUUUUGUAAAUAUUAAAAUAUUUGGCCAAGUGCCCAAAAUCUUUAAAACUAACAUCAACAUCCACCAAAAGAAAAAAACGUAAACCAAAAAGAAAAAUUUAAAAAAGCAAACAAUACUUCAAGAAUUCUUUUUUUUUAGUUUUUUUGUUUUUAAGUAAGUUUUUUUUUUGGAAUUUUUCUUCAGUGCCAAAGUGAAUGAGAAAAGUGAUUUUGCGGCAAUUUGACGGAGCAAAACAGGACGUUCAGAAUCUGCUGGGGCCAAGGACGCUGGAGCACAGUGAGUGAAUACCAAACGGAGGACGAGUAAAAGACCAUCAGAGGAAAAAGAUGAAAGCAGCUGUGCCAAAUUCAAUGAAUGCAACUUCAACGGAGCAGCAACCACAUGAACACGAACAUCAACAAUAACAAGAACAAGCAUAAGCCACCACAGUUGAGCGAGCACUAAAAAAUCAACGAGCAGCAGCAACAGACGGACAGCGGACAUUCCAAGCAACAAGCAAAAAAAAAAAAAAUAAAGGAAAACAACAAAAAGAGAGAUAGAGCGAAGAAAACUCGAUUCGCCUCACUUCGCUUCGCUUUGCUUGUGGCAACAUGUGUUGAUACCGAUCCGAUGUCUGUUAAUUGAACUGCAGGAAAUGUCAACGGCAGUCACGAAAACAUUGACCGCCGCCGCAGCCGCUGCCGCUGCCAUUGCGAUGGCCACCGGUAUGGAUAAUAAUACACUCUAUUCCUACGACAUCGCUGCCGCCAAAGACGUGCUCUAUCCAGCGCAUGGCGGAGCCGCCACAUCGAUGCCCAGCACCACAGCAGCAGCAGCAUCCGGUGUGGCAAACACCACAUCGAGCAUCGCAUCCGCAUCCGUUUCCCUCUCCCUGUCUGCCUCAGCAGCAGUUGCGGCAACAGCAACCGCUGCUGCAGCAGCGGCAGCAGCAGCUGCAAGCAGCACUGUGGAACGUGUGCCAGGCUUAAUGGACGCCGCCUCGGCAGCGGUCAGUCUAAAUGAGACGCGGUUUCUGCUCGUCGAUUAUGCGACGAGCAUGAACGACAGUCUCGACGACGCCUCGUAUCAACAGCAUUUGAGCGCCAGCGCCUGCCGCUCCAUGGAUGGGAAUAACAGCUAUUGGAAUAUCACUUGCGACUCGCCGUUGGGCUACGCUCUGCCGCUGUACGGCUACUGUAUGCCCUUCCUGCUUAUCAUGACCAUCAUCUCGAACUCGCUGAUUGUGCUGGUGCUCAGCAAGAAGAGCAUGGCCACCCCCACCAAUUUUGUGCUAAUGGGCAUGGCCAUAUGCGAUAUGCUGACGGUUGUUUUCCCCGCCCCCGGCCUCUGGUAUAUGUACACAUUUGGCAAUCAUUAUAAGCCGAUGCAUCCGGUCUCAUUUUGUCUGGCCUACAGCAUUUUCAAUGAGAUGAUGCCUGCCAUGUGCCACACCAUCUCUGUCUGGCUGACUUUGGCUCUGGCCGUGCAAAGAUACAUCUACGUUUGCCACGCUCCGAUGGCUCGCACCUGGUGCACAAUGCCGCGCGUGAAGCGCUGCACCUUCUACAUCGCACUGCUGGCGUUUCUGCACCAGCUGCCGCGCUUCUUCGAUCGCACCUACCUGCCCAUGGACAUCGAGUGGAACGGCAACUUGACCGAAGUGUGCCACGUGGAGACAUCGCUGUGGGUGCACGAAUACAUUGGCGUUGAUCUCUACUACACCAGCUACUAUUUGUUUCGAGUGCUCUUCGUCCACUUUCUGCCCUGCAUCAUCCUGGUGACGCUGAACAUUCUGCUGUUUGCGGCACUGCGGCAGGCACAGGAGCGACGCAAGUUGUUGUUUCGCGAGAAUCGCAAGAAGGAGUGCAAGAAAUUGCGUGACUCCAAUUGCACCACUCUGAUGUUAAUUGUGGUUGUCACUGUGUUUCUCAUUGCUGAAAUACCGAUUGCUGUGGUCACCUCCAUGCACAUUGUUAGCUCGCUGAUUAUUGAGUUUCUUGACUAUGGCAUUGCCAACAUAUUCAUCAUGCUAACGAAUUUCUUUCUUGUGCUGAGCUACCCCAUCAACUUUGGCAUCUAUUGCGGCAUGUCGCGACAGUUUCGCGAGACCUUCAAGGAGAUAUUCAUGGGUCGGAUGGCGGGAAAGAAGGACAGUUCGUCAAAGUACUCGAUGGUGAAUGGACAGCGCACAUGCACCAACACCAACGAGACUGUCCUCUAG